ACUCGCGGGUACGGUUCACACUUUACGCCAUCCAAAAAACGCCGAGACUGGGCCGCUCCAUUCGAUGCUUGUUCCUUUGAUUUUCUUCGUCAAUACAAUGGAUAAUCAUAAUUUGAAUCCAAAACAAAAUUUCAGAGCAGAGCUCCAAAUUCAAUUCAAAUCUGCAGCCAACUAAAACCUUGAAAACAGACCCAAUUUCCAAAUUCAAUCCGAAACUUAAUUCCUACAAAAUUUUCUUAUUUAAUCCCAGUUUAUCCUCAAUCCGUUCAAAUCUGCCCCUGAAAUUGCAUCGAUACAUAUAAAAACAAACCAAGCCGUAAUUCACCUCCUUUCCCUCAAAGAGUCGUUUUUCAAAAUGCAUGGCUCCAAUCCACCGCCGCCUUCGGAGGCUGCCCUCGACACCUCGCCGCUCCUCGGCAACUCCAUAGACGAAAACCUCCUCCGGAGCCGCCGGUUCAUCCGGCGCACGCCGCCGCCGCCUCUUCGCGGUGCCGCUCGGCUUCUCCGGCGCGCUAGCGGGAGGCGCAUGAUGCUCCGAGAACCGUCCGUCCGGGUCCGCGAGAACGCAGCCGAGCAGCUCGAGGAGCGGCAGAGUGGCUGGGCGCACUCGAAGCCGGUGAUAGUAUUGGAUCUUCUGUGGAACUUGGCGUUUGUGGGGGUUGGAUUGACGGUCUUGGGGCUGAGCGUGAAGGAGGCGCCGAUCGUCCCGUUGAGGCUCUGGAUUAUUGGGUACUUGGUGCAAUGCUUGAUACAUAUGGCGUGUGUAGUCCUGGAGUAUAGAAAGCGACGCGAGGAACGUACGUUGGGAGCGGAGGGAAGUGCGGGUUGGGAAAGUGGUGGGGAUGCGUAUUUGAAUUCCGAUUCCGGGUCUGGGAGUGAUGGAGAGGAUUAUGGAAUAGACCAGCGUCAGGUUGAGGAAGAAACCAGUGCUGUGAAGAAUCUUGAGUUUGCAAAUACAAUGUUUUCGUUUAUCUGGUGGAUCAUUGGAUUCUACUGGGUAACUGCUGGUGGUCAAACUUUAACACGAGAUUCACCUCAACUUUACUGGCUUUGUAUUGCAUUUCUAGCUUUCGAUGUUGUUUUCGUCCUGAUCUGCGUUGCUGUUGCAUGUCUUGUUGGUAUUGCUGUUUGCUGCUGUCUACCAUGCAUCAUCUCAAUCUUAUAUGUUGUGACAGAUCAGGAAGGAGCAACAGAGGAAGAGAUCGAUCAAUUGCCAAAGUUCAGAUUUCAGAAGAUAGGUGAUGUUGAGAAAGUUAAUGGUGAAACUCAGGAGUCUUUUAGAGGAAUGAUUACUGAAUGUGAUACUGAUACGCCAAUUGAACGUGUUCUGUCCCAAGAGGAUGCUGAAUGUUGCAUUUGCCUUUCUGCCUAUGACCAUGGAGCUGAACUGCGUGAGCUUCCUUGUAAUCACCAUUUCCACUGCAGCUGCAUAGACAAGUGGUUACACAUCAAUGCCACAUGCCCUCUGUGCAAAUUCAACAUAUUGAAGUAUGUCAACCAAAGUGGCAUUGAAGAAGCAUAGAGAAAAAAAAAAAAAAGGUCAUGUUCAUGAACCAAGUGCUUAUCAAAGCAUUUUCUCUAGGAUCUCAUGCACGCUUGGCAUGCUAUCAGCAACCAUGAAUUCAGAUUGCUCCGGGUGACUUUAUGAUUUGGCUCUGUUAGCUAAUGUAGAUUCAGAGUAUUUAUUGUUUUGUAAUCCUCAUCUAUAAUGUAUAUGGGUUUAUGCUAUGUUUCCACCAUAAUUGUAAAAAUACCAGUUCUUUUGAUUUUACGUAUUAAUUUUUUGGAAGA